AAUUCUAAUUAACCUGUGAUCACGUAAAUGAUUUGCAGCAUAACUCGUCAUUAAUGCAAUGUAAUAGCAUCAAAAUUUAAUUAAACGUCAAUUACCGUUUUACUUAACAUUAUAAAAAGAAGUAACAAAAAAGAAAUUCCUAAAGAUUUUACUUGCCCGAAAAUUAAAAAGAUGAAUUGCAUCAAAAAGUUUCUCUUGACAAUUUGCUUUUCUCUAGCCCUAACAUGUCAAGAUCAUGUCUUAGCCGGCGGCACCACCACGAGAGACAUCAUAGUCCCAAAGAUUUCCGAGUGGCAAGUCACGGUUCUUAACGGUUUGACCACUGGUGAAACUCUUUUCAUCCAUUGUAAAUCUAAGGAAGAUGAUCUAGGUGAAAUUAGUUUGAAGUUUAGAGAUAGAUUUUUUUGGAACUUCGGAGAAAAUAUGCUUCACUCAACUUUGUUUUGGUGCUAUAUGCACAAAGAUGAUGGUCAUAUGAAUGUAAACGUGUUUUGGGAUGAUGUUAUUUUGUUUCAUAGAUGCGGUUGGAAGAAUUGUAUUUGGACCGCAAAAACUGAUGGUCUUUAUCUUUGGAAUUCAGCGAGCGGUCAAGAUGUAUUGUCAGAGAAAUGGAAAGUUGGAUGGUGAGGACAUAUUUUUGUUUUUUUGGUAAUUUUUAUUAUAUGCAUA